CUCCAUUGCUUGAUCAAGAGCUUGGUGAUGAGGCACAAAUGGAGGAGGAUGUAGAGGAGCUGAUUGAAGAGCAUAAUUUAGAGGCUGAGCUUGCUGCUAAGUAUGAUCAGCUUGAUCCUAAGUUGGAUGCUGCACUUGAGGAGGAGCUAUCUCAUGUUGUCCAAAAGACAGGACGUGGCAUGGAUAAGGGGGACGAAGCACCAGUAGACCCAAGUCAAAGAAAACUACUCAAAAUAAAUCAGUGUGGGUCAUUUAGCAAUGAGAGAUUUGGCAGGACAGCAACAGUUAUAUGGAAGUUUUUAUAUGAUGAACCUGUGCUUUUCUGGACUAAUUGGCCAAAGGAAAAGAAGAUGCUUGCUUGGGAGAUGUUCCAGAAUCCCAAGAAAAGUUUCAGAUUUGCAGAUCCUGGGUUCUCCUUCGCACCAGAUUCUGGGUAUAUUGUUCUAGGUCGAGAGAGUGAGAUUGAGUUGAGAAAUCCAACUCAUAAACGAUCAAGGAGGAAUCAAAAACCGAUUACCUCAGAGAGUGGAAACCAGAAUUUGGAAAGGGAAGAGGAGUCGAAAGAGAUGGAGAAAGAGAAGAAAUGUUGGGGAAGAGUGAAGAGGAAGGGGAGAAUAAGGAAGAAGAAGGUUAAUUUUGAAAAUGAUUUUAAUUAAUUAAUAAUAAAUGGUUUUUAUUUAU